GCCUCGUCCACCACCAUCCCAGCCAAGAAGGCCAACAAGAAGGCCAGCGCCAAGGCUGCGGCCACUGUGGCGGCCUCGCACGCCAAGGCCCCCAAGGACCUGACCUUCGACGCGACCACGCUGGGCACGCUCGACCCGGCCUACGUCGCGCGGGUCUUCAAGGAGGGCUUCAUCUCGGCGCGUGGCUGGGAUCACCUGCGUACCGGCUAUCGCUACACGGGCGUCGACCACUCCUUCUGCGGCAACCGCUUCCUCUACCUCUGGUGGAACCUCGUCGUCGAACGCUUCGUGCCGCUCUGGGUCGCCCCCAACCUGCUCACCCUUCUUGGAUUUUUGUGCAAUUUUGGAGCCUUCCUGCUGAGUGCCUACAACACCGAUAACAUGCAAGGAGCGGCACCACCGUACGUGUGGGUCAUCGUCGGCAUUUCCAUCUUCGCCUAUCAGACCUUUGACAGCAUCGACGGAAGGCAGGCGCGACGAACAAACACAGCAUCUCCGUUGGGCGAACUGUUCGAUCACGUCUGCGACUCUGCCAUUUGCAUCCUGUUUGUGUUGAACAUGGGGUGCAUGCUCCACCUGGGUCCCGUGUGGACGUGGGUUCUCUGUUGGGCCAUCCUCACACCCUUUUACCUCUGUCACUGGGAAGAGUACUACACAGGCAUAUUGGAGAUGGGCGAGUUCAACGGCCCCGUGGAGGCCCAGCUCUUCGCCAUGCUCACGUGUUUCUUCACCGCCGGCGCCUCGACCUACGAUCCGAUCUUUUGGGCGCGGGAGGCCGCCUACGGGUUCACGCGCGGACAGUGCUUCAUCCUCUUCUUCUACUCCAUAGUCCUGCCCACCGCCGCCACCCACGUGUGGAAGGUGGCCUCGAGCCUGCGCGACAGGAAAGGCCUGGGCAAGGCCUUCGCUCAGCUGUUUCCCCUCGCGUGGCUGGGGCUAAUGGGCACCUCGUGGGUGUGGUCUGCGAUGCAUGUCUUCCUCAUUCACCCUCACACCUUCCUUCUUGCCUUCGGCGCCGCCUUUGCCUACAUCACUCGAAUGUGCCAUGAGCCGAUUCGGCCGUUCUACACCAUCCUGGUGCCGCUCACCUUUGGUGCCCUCAACUCGCUCGUCCCCUAUCUCACCUCCCACAUCAUCAAGCCGUGGGUGGAGGAGGAGCGCAUGGUGGCGAUCUUCUUCGUGUACGCCGUGGGCAGCUUCCUAUUCCUGUGCUACUCGCUCACGCAGCAGCUGUGUCGGUACCUCAAGAUCCGGGCCUUUGCCAUUCCCUAUCCGACCGCCGCCUCGGGUGCCCGGCACGCGGCUCGCCCUCCGGCCGCCGCCACCGCCAGCAGACACACCUCGCUCUGA